AUCUGCAUCACCGUUUCCCUACCGGGGCUUUUUCCCAGACUCAUGGAGCUUUUGCCCAUCCUCAGCCCAGAAGACACACCUAGAGAAAAGCAAUGGUAUGCUCUGAUGCCCCGAGGUGAACCUCCUGGGCUGAGCGUCGGUCACACCUGCACGUUCAUGCCUUCAGGUAGCGGAGGAAGAGGACGGAUCGUUAUUGUCGGUGGGGCCAAUCCGAGCGGCAGCUUUUCACACUCCUCCCUUAUAAACCUCGAUAGUUACGAGUGGAACUUUCCAGACUGGGCAGGUCUGCAGGCAAGAUAUGAACACUGCAGCUUUGUGUCGGAGAGCGAUCCUGAGAGCCUGUGGGUGUUCGGAGGAGCUGAACAGAGCGCUAAACGAGACUGCAUCCAGGUUUUACACACCACAGACAGUGUAGAAUGGAAGACAGUAGAGGUGAAAGGGACACGACCGAGCCCGAGGACGUACCACACUAACUCGGCGUGUGUCAGAGACAGACUGUUCGUCUUCUCUGGUGGAGACACAGGGGCCGUGCCGGUGAAGGACCCUCAGGUGCAUGUCUUCGACACAGCCACCCACACGUGGUCCCAGCCAGAGGUCAAAGGUAAGCCUCCAGCGCCACGGCAAGGUCACGUGAUCGUAGCCGUCGGAUCUGUCAUCUACAUCCACGGAGGGAUGUCAGGAGAGACGUUUCACUCCGACAUGUUCUCUCUGGACACAGAGAGUAUGACGUGGGAGCGGGUGAAGGCGAAAGGAGACGUUCCUCCAGGAACAGCAGCUCACGCCGUCGUGGCUUUGCAGAGGAACGUUUAUAUUUUCGGAGGACUGACAGCAGACGGAGCGACUAAUGCCAUGUACAAGUUUCAGAGUGACAAACAGCGCUGGACUCUGAUGAAGUUUAAAGGUGACCUUCCGCCUAACCGACUCGAUCACUCCAUGUGCGUGCUACCGUGGCGGGACGGGAUAGAUGCCAGCGGCGGGGAGAACGCACAGAGCUGUGACGGGGAAAGCAAGCAUCUGUGCUUUGUGUUUGGAGGCAUGGACACUCAGGGUAUAAUUUUCAACGACUGUCUAGUAACAGUGAUAAAAACAUAACACUCUUUAAAUAGCACUGUAUAAAAUUUUUUACUUUGAACUAAACCCAGAUCUAAACAAGUGUGAAAAUUGAAGAAUUUCAUGGGUAAUGUAAUUAAAUGUAAGAAGUUGUUGGCUGUUAAACCUUUAAAAAAAAAAUAGUU